GUAUAAAUAUGUCUGGAGCUGAAGAUUUUAUAGCACCACCUCCUCUUGGACCAGAAUUAGCAAGUGGAAAAUGGAAAGUUCGCAUCAUAGAUGGCGAUGCAAGAAUUACAGAGGAACGAAUAUCUGGAAAAGAAGUGUGGAGCAUGCAAAACCGACGGGUUAUGUUUGAUUUCAAUACAAAAGGACAAGCUAUCAAGGAUUCUGGAGGAUGUAGAUGUAGAGACUUGAAGCAACGUCUUUGGGAUGCUCAUAGACGAAACACAAUACAAGAAGCAUUUGAAUCGCGGCCGGGUCUAGUUCCAGAAGACCAAUGGAGAGAGUUUGUGGAAAUGCAAUUCACUGAUAAGGCAAAAAAAAUGAGAGAGCGUAAUAUUAAGAGUCGAAGCAAACAUAAGAUGCCACAUGCACUUGGUAAAAAGAGUUUAGCUAGAAAGGCUCAUGAGAUGGAAGAGGAGACAGGCAUAGAACCAAGUCGAAGUGAACUUUUCAUUACAUCACGUACUAGAUCAGAUGGAAGUUUUGUUUGUAACGAAGCAAGAAUCUCUGUGGAUAAGCUGAAACAAGUAAUGACCGAGAAUAUUCAAAGUGAAGCACAUGAUGCAUUUGAACAAGUAUUUGGUCCUGAGCAACCGGGAAGAGUUCGAUGUGUUGGGCGUGGUCCGACGCCAUCCAAAAUGCAAUUCGUCUACUACUACCGAGAUGAUAUAUAUAUAAAGUCUGAAAUAAAAGGAUUAGCUGAUAAACUAGAUGUCGUGGCUAAUGCUGUGUAUGCUCUUAUUGAGUCCAGAAAGCAAGAACAUAUCCAAGCGAAUGCAAGAGAUGAGAACACAAAGCUUAAGACUAAUUUUCAUCAAUCAUCUAGUAUCAACAGUGAU